CUACGGCAAAGGAGAGGCACCAAAAGUUUUUACUUUUGCGAUUUCAUUUCUGUGACAGUUACAGUAGCUACUCAAACUGCAGCUAUUGCGCUUUAGAGUUUUUAAAUUGUUAUACUUCUACUUUAGGUGAAGUGUCGAUAUUUUUUGUUUGUUAUUUAAGUGCACAAACAGCAAUACAAAUACUGCGUCAGAAAGCAGCUUUGCUUUGCCUGGCCGACAACCGACGCGCUAAUUUGCACUCAUGGGAAGACGACGUUUUUAAAAGCAAAGAGGGGGGGACACACGUCCAGGGACACACAAUGGAGUACGACAACCACAUCCAACUGUUGUUGGCUCACAUGAACAUCGAGGACAUCAUCAACGCUGCAGAGAGCCUCUAUCAGCUGGAGCAAGAAGAGGAAGGGGGCUUGUCAUCGGAAGAGGACGCUCUGUCCCCUGUUGAAAUGGACGGGAGCGAAGAGGUCGGAGAAUUUGGGUGUCUGGGGGAAGACCACGCUCACGGGGACGGAGGUGUUCGGUACGGGACCGUGACGGACCUCCUGUCUUUUGUCAACCUGCUCUCCAACAUGCAAGCCACAGCCCUGCCGCACCCUCACGAGGAGGUGGGGGUCCUGCUAAAUAAAAAGGACAUGGCUGUGAAAAACGGGCGCUACAAGAUCAACAAGGAUGUGCUCCUGUUUCCCUGGAAGUUGACCUACAAGAACCGCGGCUCCGACCUGGUCCCGAAGGGCUCCUUUGGGAAGGUGCACCUCGCCCAGGAUGUCAACACCCGGAAGAGAAUGGCUUGCAAACUGAUCCCCAUGGAGAAUUUCAGAGGAGCCGACGUGGAGUUCCAGGCUCGCUUCCGCCACGAGAACAUCGCCGAGCUCUACGGGGCGUUGCUCUGGGAGCGCGACGUGCAUCUGUUCAUGGAGGCCGGCGAGGGCGGCUCGGCCCUGGAGAAGAUCGACAGCUGCGGGCCGAUGAGGGAAUUUGAAGUGAUCUGGGUGACCAAGCAUGUCCUUCGGGGCCUGGAGUACCUCCAUUCACACAACGUCAUCCAUCAUGACAUCAAACCCAGCAACAUUGUCCUGAUGUCCGACAAGGCCGUCCUGGUGGACUUCGGCCUCGCUGUGCGGAUGACGGAAGACGUCUACAUUCCCAGAGACUUGAGAGGAACCGAGAUGUACAUGAGUCCAGAGCUGGUGUUAUGUCGGGGGCACGACACCAAAACCGACAUCUACAGCCUCGGGACCACCGUCAUUCACAUGCAGACCGGCAGCCCCCCCUGGGUGAGGAGGUAUCCACGCACCGCCUACCCGUCCUAUCUCUACAUUAUCCACAAGCAGGCGCCCCCCCUGGAGGACAUCGCGGACAACUGCAGCCCGGCCAUGCGGUCCUUUCUGGAGCGAGCUCUGGAGAAGAACCCGGAGCUGAGAAGCUCGGCGUCGGAGCUCCUCAAGGACGACGCCAUCAACCCGCCCAAAGAGGACCAGCCCAGGUGCUGGAGUCUGGACUCGGCUCUGGAGGAGGCUAACCAGGCCCUGCUAUACCAAUGUGGCAAGCACGAUGACGCCACAGAAGAAUCGUCACUGUACGCUGAAGUCUCAGGCCCCAUGAAGAGGAACGGAUCCUUGUACCUGGACCUGGGGGCUUUGUCCGGGUACUGCCCGCUGGUGACGGGCCCCCCUACUUCACCAUACGUCUAGCAUCUACGCGGGCGACCUUUGAUGGAGGCCAGAUAUGACGCACAAGAAAUCUUCUUGAAUUGUCGGGCUUCACUGUUGCGGACCAGCGCGGAUCGCAGAGGACCGGAUGGAGUGCUGCAGGGGACCAGUGAUGACCCGUUUCCAAGACCACAAUGACCAAUUAGCUAAUCCAUCACGCCGGAAUCGGCUGAUGUGACUCAACAGCACUGCAGGACAGUCGUUGGAUGAGGCAUUUUGUUUUAACUCGACUUUUCUAAUGAAACUAUGCGUGUUUUCUUCAAGUAUGCGUGCACACUGCAAUUCUGGUUUGGUCCUUCGUGGACUUCCUUAUUUUAAUUCCUGUGGAAUAUGAAUAGCAUCAUGUGGUACCUGAUCAGUGUGUUGUACAUCCUGUGAGAUGAGGCAUUUGUGCCAUUUUUAAUGAUUAAAUUUCACUA